CGCGGGCUCAUUUUACCCACAACCAAUGAAUGCCUUGGUGCAUUUUACCUAUUGAAAAUUAAACACUCACUGGGAGAGAAUAAGGUGCAGAUAUCCGAAGACGGCGGGAAGCAGACCGAGAACAUUUUGUUUCCUCCUGAUAAUAGCUGAGAGGCAACAGAUUUGAAAGAUUUUUUCUUCUUCUCCGGUAGACGAAACGUCGCUCUUGUCGCUAAUUAGACGCCUGCUUGUUCAGUGCUGUGUGUGUGGUGAGCAGCAGCGGCAAAGAUGACGGAGUAUAAGCUGGUGGUGGUGGGAGCUGGAGGCGUGGGCAAGAGUGCACUCACCAUUCAGCUCAUCCAGAACCACUUUGUGGAUGAAUAUGACCCCACCAUAGAGGACUCGUACAGGAAACAAGUAGUGAUUGACGGGGAGACCUGCCUGCUGGACAUCCUGGACACUGCAGGUCAGGAAGAGUACAGCGCCAUGAGGGACCAGUACAUGAGGACAGGGGAGGGUUUCCUGUGCGUCUUUGCCAUCAACAACACCAAAUCUUUUGAGGACAUUCACCAGUACAGAGAACAGAUUAAACGUGUUAAGGACUCAGACGAUGUUCCCAUGGUGCUUGUGGGGAACAAAUGUGACCUCCCAGCACGCACGGUGGACACAAGGCAAGCCCAGGAACUCGCCCGCUCCUAUGGUAUCCCUUACAUUGAGACCUCUGCCAAGACACGACAGGGAGUAGAGGACGCCUUCUACACACUGGUCAGGGAGAUCAGACAGCAUAAACUGAGGAAGCUGAACCCACCUGAUGAGAGCGGUCAGGACUGUAUGAGCUGUCGCUGUGUGGUAUCAUGAUGCAGCUGACUGUUGCACGUUGAGGAAAAUGCUACAGCGCGUAGUGGCAGCAUGGACUUUAAUAUAGAAAGAUAAAACAACUCAAUGAUGAAAUAUAAACUUUUUCAAAAAGAGGAAGAUUGAAGCAAACGCUCUCAAGGAAACCACCAGAGCUGACUGAACCAUAGACCUUUAUGGAAAGGAGGAUUUUGGAUUGUUGCCGAAGUGGCUAGCUCAACUAGCCUGGUCUUGGUCCCGUUUUUUGGUCCACACGUCGACCUGUGAGCAACACCACUAAUGACUCUUUGUCAACUCCAGUGUGGUCUCGCUGGGUAGCUCCACAAGUUUUCUGCUAACUUAUUGUUUUCAGUCUCAACACUGGUCUUAAAGGGGGUGUCACCAACCACCCUCCCACCUUGAAAGCCUAAUUCCACUCCCCGCCCGCCUGACCACUGGAAGGAUUGACUGACUUAAAUGGAAAAGACUGGAAUGGACAUUUAGUUAGCCUGACACCUCUUGCAUAAACGUACAUCUCCAUCCCACUCUGCCCGCCUUUGGGCUUCCCUCGAAUGGCUGUGUAGUCCCUUCAUUAUACUGAGUUCAGGGGGUGGAGGCGGACGUGGGAAUGACUAUAAUUUGUUGUUGUUGUUUAACAGUUAGCCUAGCUGUAAAAGUCUUUGAUUUUGUUUUUGAUAUGGAGCUUUUUUUGUGAUUGGAGGAUUUGAAAGUCACUGAGCACUAUGUGAGAAAGGGUGUUUGUUUCUGAUGGCACCUGGUUUGACAUUUUUCAUGACCUGCCUGAUGUAGUUGGAAUUCCUUUUCAGGGUAGAUAUCUUGAAUGAAGAAUAUGAGGAUGGAUGACUUUCCAGAAUGCAGCUGCCUUCUCUCCUUGCAGAUGUUUCUUUGCUAAGAGUUGUCUUUGUGGAAUAAUAAUAGUAAUGGCUAGUGUACGUAGGUUCUGGUGCAAUAGGAUUCUUUACUGUCCAAUUUACACAAAGUAUUGGGAAUAAACCACCUCUCAUGACUACGUAUUUUCCUGUUUUACUUUGGUUUAGGAAGAAGAGGUACAGUGCAUGAAAAUAUAGUCAUCAUCUUUGCAGUUGCAGCUGGAGAGGUUGUCUGUAGAAUAGAAGGAAAGCCCUACACUUGUACAGUUACACAGUGGCAGUGGUUUUAGAUAAAGUGAGAAGUUGAUUUUCCCUGCUUUCAUUUCAGUAAUUGUGCAGUGUAUAACUCUUAUUUACUACAUGGUGAUAAGUUAUUUUUAGAUUGUGAGAAUCGCUCCUUGUGGUUAAUAAGGCUCAGGAAUCAGGGUCCAGGAAGGUCUCCUGGAGACCAGGGUUUCACCCAGGAUGUCACCAGUUAGCUUUGCAAAGUGUAACGCACAAGUCCUGCCUCAGAGUCGAACUUCAGUUUUCACACACCAUGCUACCCUCAAACUGCUUCUCUCUCUCUCUCUCUCUCUCUCUCUCUCUCUCUCUCUCUCUCUCUCUCUGCCACCUCAGCUCUUUUCAAAUGAACAAUAACAGGUCAGGUGCUAAUUAUGUCAGAACCAUAUUUACUUUAUGUGUGGGACUGUUGUGUGUAACAAGUGAUGGAUAUUGGUUUUAUCGGAGCGCAUUGCUUUGUUUCUUAACCCUGACUAGCUUGUGCUCUCCACAACUGCAUUAAUUUGCUGCCUAAAUGAAAAAAGACUGCUCUGUGUUUACUUGGCCUUAUGUUAGCUAGUUUGUACCUCAUGUAUGCAGCAAGCUCUACCUGAGACAAUUGUCUGUUCUGUUUGCUGCAUUGUUUUAUGUUUGAUUGUGUGUGCAACUAAAAAAAAUAUAGAAGUGUGUUGAGUUUAGACAUGCGCUGUACAGAAUUUGAACGACAGGACAAGCCCCUAGAAACACUACACUGUUUUUUUUUUUUUGUUUUUUUUUGUUGUUUUUUUUUUUAAAGGGGGUUCUCUGUAAGGGCAUGUGAGUCUGAAUGUGAUUCUGUUUAACAUGACUGAAAUCCAAAACAAAUUAAAGAAAUUUCUGUAGACAACGCCCUGUAGAAGCCAAGUUGUCUUGCUCCCAUGUUCAUAUGACAUUUCAUUCCCAUUACAUUAAAACAUAUGAUGGUAAUUACUAGAAACUGUUACUUUUAGUCCAGAUCAUACUUAAUCAGAUUAGAGAAUUGGUUAUGUAUGAUAAUGUAUGGAGUUUCAGACACUACAGGCAGGUUUCAGUAACAAGCUUCAGAUGCAAACCUCAGACAUCUCAGACCUCUUAACAUGAAAGAUGUCAAAUGUUAUUUUGCCAUUGUCUCUUUUCAACAGAAACAAAGUUUUUAUUUUUAUUGAUUUGUACAGUUAAAGUGAUUCUUUUUCACUUACAACAUGGCUUAAAAAAUAUGAUCAGUCUAGUUACCGUAUGGAUGAAAGUGGUCGAGUUUUUAUCAAUUAACUGUUCAUUUCUCUGCUUAGAGGACGCAUAUGAACUGUGAAUGUGUUUGGGUCUUUAGAUAUUGUUUGACAGAAGCCUUGUGUUUAAAAUUUACAAUACUGAAAUAAUGCAGGGGUUGGUCCCACUUUGGGCUGUGUUGUUCCUAACUUUUAUUUUUCUCCCAUUGUACUCGAACCUUCUAAUGGAAAAAGAGCGUGGAGUUUGUAACAUGUAACUACAGUCCCAAUAGUAGCCUAUGCUUGUCCUCUCCCUGUCAAUCGUUUAAACAGUACAUUCAUAAUAAUACCAUAGAAUUCCACAAAUCUAUGCAUUCAAAUUCCCAUUGCAUUAGAAUAUCAGUGUCAUGUUUCCGCAGGGAUACUCCAGCCAGCAAACCACAACAAGUAUACAGGUCAGAAAACCUGGCGAGCAUGACAAAGACUGUACGGACCAUUGGGAGUUUUGCACAAGGAUACAGUGGGCUCAAGGGCUUGUUUCUCCCCUUGCAAACUGUGGAAUGGAGGUGUGGAAGGAAUUUGUGAAAAUGUCAACUGUUUAGCUAUUUAAGAUGUAUUUACUCUUUGAAAAUGUGGCAAAAUGUAUUGCAGGACAGGAAUAAAGAUGUC